AUGAAGUUCUGGAUUCCCGUUCUGCUCGUUGCUUUAUUUUCAGGCACACCUGAGGGGUUCCAAGAUCACUGGGAUCACUGGCAGAAAAGAGAUGAGGGUCCUCCAGGACUACACAUCGGAUACCGCGUGAUCCUGAAGGAGGAAGCAGAGCGCGUGUACAAUAAUGGUUGGAAAGCUGUGCCUCCUGAUGGCACCAGAGGCCGCCAGACUGGCGCAGGGGCCUAUCUCCUCCGAGGGUUCCAGGAAUGGGAGGUGUAUCCAGAUGGCAUCAUCAGAUAUGAUUGUGUGGCUACAAUUGAUGCCGCCGUCUGGAACAGCUGGAAGAAGAUAUGGCUGCCAAGGCUUUUUGAGUUCCCCGAAGACAAGGAGAAAGAUCCGGAAACGUGCAAGCCCCUUGAAUUGUGGGGGAUGAGGCCUGAGCAGAGUCCAUCCGACAAUACAGAGAGGAACCGUGCGCGUUUUCUGAAGUAUCUCGAUCCCUCCCUUAGUGUCGACACCACAGUGAUUUUCUCUAGGGUGUUAGUACACGAGGAUAAGAUUCAAGUCCUUAUUCCUGAUGCGCUUGUUCUCCAGAAUGAACUGCGUCUUUGGCCAUGUGCUCAACGGGGAACAGAGGAGAACCCCAGAUUGGCUAGAUUCGGCACUGCGUCUUGGGAUUUUUCAUCUCUUCCUGGCUACGAUUUGGGGACUAAUCCCGAAAUUCGGACUCCAUAA